GUCCUUUGCUUCUCGUCAAAACAAAGCGGGGGCGAGCAACGAGGCAGCGAGCGGUGCGAAGCUACGUCGAGGCACAGGGCGAGCGAGCCGUGCCUUCCCUGUGCGUGCUUCAUGAAUGAAUCCCACUACCACUGCGCCCACCGGACCCUCGUGCUCCUGAGACCCGGGAGACUGCGCUCUUCAGCCGGCGAAGAAUAGAAGACCAGUGCCCCUGUGAUCUGAUGAACCGCUGGAUACCAAACACUUUCCAUUCGUGAUACAUGAGCGUUUCAGUCCCGAAGGAACUCGAUAGCACACGGCACGAUGCUUGAUGGACUUCGGAGGAGACAUGCCUCGCGGACAUCCCCCAGGCCUCUGUCCCUCAAUUUCAGCACAUUUUCUGCUCCUCCCCCCAGUCCGGACCUGGACGGAGGCACCGAUCACCCAAUCCGCAGGACCCUCCAUCGGCUUAAGUUGAUGAGCUCUCCCAGUCUGAGCGAGCUGGGGAAGAGUGAGAAGAGUUCACCCGAGGACAGAGGGGAGAAGCAGAAACGGGCCGGAGCCAAUGCCACAUGGAACAGCAUUCACAACGCUGUAAUCGCCGUCUUCCAGAAAAAAGGCCUGGCUGAUAACGAACUCUAUGCCCUGAACGAAGGCGUCCGGCAUCUCUUGAAGACUGAGUUGGGAUCAUUCUUCACUGAAUAUUUACAGAAUCAGUUGCUAACAAAAGGCAUGGUCAUCCUUCGAGACAAGAUACGAUUCUAUGAAGGUCAAAAGUUGCUGGAUUCCCUGGCAGAAACAUGGGAUUUUUUCUUCUGUGAUGUUCUAUCUAUGCUUCAGGCCAUCUUUCACCCAGUGCAGGGUAAAGAGCCAUCGGUCCGACAGUUGGCACUGCUGCACUUUAGGAACACCAUAGUCCUGAGUGUGAAGCUGGAGGAGGCUCUGUCCAGACCCCGCGCUCGGGUGCCCCCCUCGGUCACUCAGAUGCUGCUCAUUCUACAGGGGGUGCAUGAGUCUCGCGGUAUCAGUGAGGAAUACCUGAGGCUGGAGUCCCUGGUUCAGAUGGUGGUGUCGCCCUUCCUUGGCACACAUGGCCUGUAUUCCGGAGAUGGUGUAGAAGCCAACUGCUGCGUUUUAGAGAAGCGGUUACCAUGGGGCCUGGCCAAGUCUGCAGAUCAGCUGUCCAAGAACCCGGUGGUGCGCUCAAAAAGCUACAACAUUCCCCUGCUCCUAACCCCAGUGGCUGAGUACGACCCAGAUGCCAGUUCUGCAGGCAGUGGAGGGAUCCGGCGCCACUCUGCCUGUGAGAUCAUAUCCUGCAUGGAGGAACAAGGUCUAGCGUAUGCCGAACGGGCCCCAGGAUCUGAACUGUCCUGCUCCUCCAACAGGCUGUGUGUGGGCCCCCAGUUCAAUGGACUUGUACAAGCAGGAUCCAGCUCUUUGGCCCUCCCUCUCUCAUCUUCCUCAAUCCUUCCUCUCCACUCCUCAGGGCCCCUCCAUGGCACUGAGGCCACUACAACAAUGACUGACCUGAGCAAGGGUGCAUCCUCCACCCCACCCAGCGAGUCCUCCAGCCCCGAGACCAUUAUUGGACCAGUGCUGGAAUCUGCCGACUCGGACUCUGAUGGGAUCUUUAUAGACUUCCCUCCUCACACCUCAGAGGCGCUUGGAUACGGCCGUGAGAGCAGGCAGAGCAUUGUGUAGCUGUGAUUGCCUUAAGGAAACUAAUCCCAGUGUGUAUUCUAUAAUAAUACAGACAUCAUCAGAGAUGUUUACCGCUGCACUCUGCCUAGUUGGUACGUUUUAUUUUUUCAGUAGUACAAGAAGUCUACAGGAGUUUCAAGUGCAUUCUCUGAUGUGUGAAAACUUUGUAGAUCAAAUAAAACAGUUGAAACAUCAGUAAGAAGAAUUUGAAACUCCAUUCGUACUGUGGUAAUGUGGUUUGCUAUUUGAGUUGAAUAUACUAUUUCAUACAACACAAAACUUAACUUAAAAAAUAAAAUCUUGAAUAUAAAGUUUUCACACAACAGCAUGUUUACAUUAAAACAAUUGCUUAUAAAGACAACAGCAAAAUGUCAUGUAUUCUUAACCACAAAAUGUUUUCAAAUUAUUUAUUUAUACUUGAUUUUCACUUUUGUAAAACGCCAGAUAAAAUGUUUGUUUUUUUAUUGCCAGCGCUCUUAGGGGGUCUUAAUGCAAAAGCUUAUAUUUAGAGAUAACUGCUAAGUGACCACAUUUGCUCUCACUAGUAUUGUGCAAGCUUUGUAUGAGACCUUGUUUAUAUUUGUAUGACAAGAAUGAUUUGACUGAAUGUUGUGUCACACACUGUAUUUUGCAUCACCACUAUAAUGUAAAUAAAUGUGCAUCGUUUUCUGUUUUUGUUUUUAGAAUUAAAUGGUGUAACGUGAGCUUUCAACUAAAAACACUUUUAAUAAGGGCUUUUUAAGAUAAUCUUUUUAAAUGAUGUUUUACCUCAAGUGUUUUGUACAUUACUUUUUUGACAAUCUAUGUCUACUGAGUUGUACUUUGUAUUAAACUUGCCCAGUAAAAACAGUG